AUGACAUCCAAAGUCUUUGACAGGCACCCACCCAGAAAGGAGUCGGGUGCCUUUCACCAAGGAGUCAGACACCUGGAUGACCGUAUCCACGUGAACCGUCUCGAGCUCCGGGCACCUGGGGCUGACUCUCUCCUUGUCUUGCAGGACCAGGAGCAGGACCAGGAGCAGGACCAGGAGCAGGACCAGGAGCAGGACGGCCAGGAGGGCCCACCCCAAGCAGGUCCUGAGGAAGAGGAUGGGGGAGAGGUCUUCUCCUUUAAAUACAGCCCCGGGAAGCUGCGGGGUAACCAGUACAAGAAGAUGAUGACCAAAGAGGAGCUGGAGGAAGAGCAGAGAGUGCAGAAGGAGCAGCUGGCAGCCAUCUUCAAGCUCAUGAAGGACAACAAGGAGACGUUUGGGGAGAUGUCCGCAGGUGACGUGCAGGAGCAGCUCCGGCUGUACGACAUGUAGGCGGCCUUCGCCCCGCCAGGCCCUGGCCCUCCCGGGCGGACGUCAGCGGGCUCCUUCCCUCUCCCAUACGUAGCUGUAGAGGAGGGUGACACGCGGCUUGCGCAGCUCCCACAGUUUAGGCCUCACGUUACAGGAAUCAGGAUCGCUGUCGUCAGAGGUAGACUUGUUGGCUAAGACAAUGCUCCCCUGCCACUUCCUCCCAUGCUGUUACGGAGGCUUCCAGAAAGCCUUCCGAGGCAGAAGGAGGAGGCAGCGUUGUUAGACUGGACGCCCAGGCAGCGGGACCUGUGACCCGUCUUCCCCACAGCAUCCCCGAGUCCUUUCCACACCCGCUGCGGGGAGGGGGGCCCUGUCCUCGGGGCUGCGAGCUGCUGCCUGCCCCGGCCUGAGCGUCCUUCUAGCAGCAACCCUCAGCCAACACGCACCUUCCACGUGGGCACAGAUCAGUGUAAUCAGAGCCGAGACCCUCGAACAGCUGCUCCCAUUUAAGCUUGAGACUGACUUUCCGCGUAAGGGAGGGAGGCUCGUUGGAGCGCUUGUAACACACCCAGGGCGAGGCUCGCUGCUGGGGAGAGACAUCGAGGAUGCGAGGAUGCGACACGGUGCCCACCCGUAGGGAGACGAAGGCCCUCCAGGGAAGACGGCCGUGUGUGCAGGGAGAGAGCACCUGCCCAGGCAGCAUGCAGGAAAACCCCGAAAUGACCUGACGGGGCAGUGGCUGGGACGCCUCCCGGGUUCAGUAGGCUCUGGGGCCUCAGCCGGCGCGGGCCGAGGCGAAUACAGCGGCGCCUCCGUGCUGCACGGGCCCUGCUUCCGCUCACUCGUAGCAAACGGAGCUGGGGAGGGUCUGCUGAGGACAGAACCUUUGAAGUUCUUAUAAAUAUUUUGUAUUUGCCGAAAUAAAGCUAAGUCAACACCGUGAACUCAAA